UGCGAUGUGAUUGGUGCAGAGUAAAAUGACUCGAUGACGUCUGGGCACAACACUAUUUAUCCCAAGCAUUUGAUUAAUUACUGAGUUUGGAAGAUGCGGUGAAGUUAGUUGGCGUUUAACGUGAAAACGUAAAACCUUGUCUUCUUGUUAUCUAAUUUCGUUGCAGCAGUGAGACGAACGAUAAUGGCACUGUUGAGAUGCAAGGCAUGCGUGUUAGCAAUUGUACAGUUCGCCGCCAUUUCAGGAACAUUUGCUUCGACCAAAGCACCACCGUAUUUUAUUGAAGAACCCUCAGACACGUAUGUCAAGAAAGGCAGACCUGCAGUCUUAAAAUGUCAAGUGGGAGGCAACCCAAAGCCGAGUAUAAUGUGGAAAAGGAAUGGUAAUAAGGUGGAUUUGACAAGUGACAGUCGCAGGAUGAUUAAGCCAGAUGGAUCUUUAUAUUUUUCUGAAAUUAUUCACCAUAAAACUCAAAAGCCAGAUGAAGGGACAUACCAGUGUGAAGCAUUUUCACAAAUUUCAAAUUUGGACUACCAGAUUAUCAGUAAAACUGCCCGCCUUAUUGUUGCUGGUAUUUCAUCCAAGGUGGCUGUUACUCCUUCAACGUUAAAAAUUCGAAAUGGGGAUACAGCAAGACUUUACUGCAGCGUAAAACAUUCAGCACCCAAAGCUGUUAUCAGUUGGAGAAAGAAAGGAGAAAAUGAGACAAUUACAGAAGGAGUUCGGUUCACUUUGACUCCUAAUGGAGCAUUGCAGAUAAGAAACAUCCGUUUUGAAGAACAGGGACAAUAUGAAUGUAUUGGUGAGAAUACUUUCACUGCAAAGAAACACAUAAGCACAAAUGCAGCAUCGAUUGAAGUUAUAGGAGAUGAUCGCUUUGACCGAGCUCCAAGUUUUACUGUGAAACCUCAAGAUACAGUAGCCAUUUCUGGAAGCAAAGUAGUACUUGAAUGUAUAGCAAAUGGAUUUCCCAAACCAAGAGUCACGUGGCUGCAAGAUGGGUCACCUGUGGUACUCGGGAGUGGCUAUUCAAUUCUUGGAGAAAGUAACCUUGUGAUUGGGUCUGUAUCUGUUGCACAAGCUGGAAAUUACACUUGCCAAGCAAAAUCUGAAAGUUUGAAAGAAGAAGCAACAGCCAAGUUACAAGUGCAUUCUCCUCCUGUUUUUACGAAGAAACCGAGAGCUGUCCAUGCUUACCAACAUACCGAUGUACGGUUUGACUGUUUGGCAGAUGGGAUGCCUAAACCGCGCAUCACAUGGAGUAAAACUGGUGACAUCAUUACAAAUACACCUUUUACCACUGUUGGGGAAGGUUUCUUGCUUAUUUUAGAAGUGGCCUUAUCAGAUAUGGGUUCCUAUCAGUGCUUUGCAGAGAAUGACCUCGGGAGAGUUCAAGCAACUGCAGAACUUUAUGUUUACAGGAAAGGAGACCGUAUUCCCACGACUACACCUGCACCAACAACAACAACACCAGAGACUACAACAACUGCCAGUACAACACUGCGGUCAACUACACCUAAACCUCGAGUUCCAGAGCAGCCAGAGAAUGUUGUUGCCCUGGCUCGUUCUGAUACUGAAAUAGAGUUGACCUGGGCACCUCCAGUAGUAACAAAUGGCAAAAUUUUGCAGUACAUUAUCUACUAUAAUAUCGUAGCAGAUGGUCCUGGUCCUGUUGAUUUUAAGACUGUCAACACGUCAGGAGACAACUUGAGAAUACUGCUGUCUGACCUCAAACCUGACACAAUGUACCAUUUCAAUGUGUUUGCUAAAAACAAGCAAGGUGCAGGAGCUAUUUCUAUUGAAGCAUCAACCAGGACAUUGCUAAGCUCACAGGUGCCAGGAAAACCUCUUGACUUGUCGGCUCAGGCAGAAACAGAUUCAUCAAUAAGGGUCACAUGGGCAGAACCAGCUACUGGGCCAAGCUCAGUAUUUAGAUAUGUAAUUGUUUACAAAGAUGCAAGUGGUAUGUCUGGAGAGAUGCAGGAAAUCACUAAGCAACAAACAAGACUCCUGCGCAACCUUAAAACCUACACCAAAUACAUAAUUAGUGUGUAUGCUGAAAAUAGAAGAGGAAAAAAAGGGGCAUCGACAAUAACAGAGGCAACAACCAAAGGAGGAGUUCCAAGAGUACCACCCACUGACUUUGUUCUAAAGCCUGACAGUUCAGGGAGAGGUCUUAUAGCAACUUGGAAGGCUCCAGAUCCAACCAAAGUGAAUGGAAGAAUCUCCUUCUACAUCAUUAAGUUCAGGAAAGUUGGCAGCCAAGGGGAGAAUACAACUGCAACCAUAGAAGCUGACAGACAGAGCUACAGUAUUAAAGGGCUGAUGCCAAGUACAAGAUACGAAGCUAAAAUAGCAGCAGGGACUGACUCAGGGCUUGGAGUAUAUACAAGAAACUGGGUGGAAGCAAGCACAAAUGUCACCAAAUGCAAAGAAGAUACAACCCCAGGGAAACCAGAAUUCAAUUUGCUGAAGGAGUUCUCAAAUACUAUUCUAGUGGGCUGGCAACCACCAGAAAAUGCUGGCCUGGUCUGCAUUACUGGCUACAAGAUAGAGUGGGGGGAAAACAGUCCUUAUCAGGUCAAUGUAGAUUUGAGUAGUGACAAAACGCAGUACCUCAUCAAGGGACUUAGCCCAAACAGGAAGUAUGUUAUCUUACUUAAAGCAGUCAACAGCAAUGGGAAUGGCCCAGACAUCCAAACUGAAGUACAAACCUCGGAUAGCAAAGGAAAACUGGAACCUGUUAAAGGUGUUCGGGCAAUUCCUUUAUCUUCAAAAGUAAUGAGAUUAUCAUGGCGGGACACACAGGUUUCUGGCCCUGUUCCAAGGAUUUAUCAUGUAUACUACGCUCUGCGCAAAAAACUGAGUUACUGUGGAAAUACAACAGAGAAGACAAUCAAGUGCUCCAAAUUGAAACCUUAUACUAAAUACACUUUUUAUGUGAGACGCAAUGAUGAGGCAAUAAAUGUGACUGUCGGCAAUUUCACAAUGGAAGACAAACCAGGCCCUCCUACAGAUCUUACAGGAGACCCACAUGAAAAGAACUUUACUCAGUUGUCGUUGCACUGGCAGCCUCCACUAGAACUGAAUGGCCACAUUGUUAAAUACCGCAUUUAUUACUCAACAAAUGUCAAUGCUUCUCUCAAGACUUGGCAAGUUGUGGAAGCUGAAGGCUCCAAAUUGACGAAGCAAAUCACCAAUCUGAAGCCAGGAACAGCUUAUUACUUCCAAAUGCAAGCAAAAACUAUAAAAGGCUGGGGACCUAUGUCAGAAAAGGAAGAGGUCUCCACUCUCACAGAUUUUCCAGAAACAAAAGUUACCCCUACAACAACAGCCCUGAGUUUGACACCUGUACCUAGUGAGCCUGAUCCUGAGGCACAGCAGGGAGCUGCAGGACUCAAGAACAAGACACUGUGGAUUGUAAUAGCUGCUGUGGCUGGCAUCACGCUUAUUGCUAUCAUCAUUAUUAGUGUUAUACUCUGUAAGAAAAGAUCAGGAGAUGACAUACAGAGAAAACCGCCAACUUACAAGUCAGUUAUUCAAGCCAAUGGCUCGGCGAAGAAGAAACAUAAAGAGGAGAAACCCCCAGAUCUGUGGAUCAACCACACAGAUAACAUUGAAAUGAAACCAGUCGAGGCUGUUAAUCCUGCUCCUGAUGUCACAAACACGUCAACAAUACCCAGGAGCUCGGAGGAAAUGAAGCCCUUGGAUGAUUCUCCCCUCGACCACAUCAAGGUUGACCAUGAGAGGAGCUCGUUUCUGAAUGGCAGCGAGGCUGAUCCUGACGAUUUUGCAGACCUACCUCCUCCUCCAGUGAUUGACAGUAAAUGGGAUCCCUACCCGGAGUGCGCCGAUGAAGACAGGACUCCAACACCUCCCCCGUCCCCUGGAGUGUCACCCUUCCUACCCCCAAGAGUGGUCACGCCCGAUAAUGUUAAACAGCCGAUAUAUCCCAAAACAAGUACACCAAGAUAUCAAAUGCACCUUCCGCGCACAGGCUCAUGUGAGAAUACUCUUGAUGUGGCAGAUCCCCGUCCUCCACAGAGGUCCAGAUCGUAUGACCCAGAUUUCAGGGCGCCGAGCUCGAAGGUGCCAGUCUAUCCAAUGCUCCACACGUCUCCUCCUGCAACGUUACCAAAACCCAAACCCAAACCUCCGGUGGCCCCCGCGGACGACAUCCAGUUACCACCAGUGGGUUACAACCGAAGGACGCCGCCUAAUGGCUAUUGGACCCCGCCUCCAAAAUACGAAGAUAUCUUCGCUCGACGAUCAAAUCCUCCUCCGUCGCCACCAAGAGACCAGGAUGUGGUAGUAGCAGACCUUGAUAAAGAAAUAGCAGGGCUAGAGGGCCUUAUGAGAGAUCUUAAUGAAAUCACUGCCGGAGAUUAUUUGGUCUGACAUGGUACGUCUAAACUACUGUACUACACAAUACUUACUAUUCAAGUAUUCCUAGAAAAAGAAUAUAGCAAACCGUUAGGUGGUGGAAUAUUUAAUAACGUAAAGCUUUGAUAGAUCCUAAUGAAAUCACUGCUGGAGAUGAUUUAGUCCAACACGGUGUGUCUAAACUAUUGCGGACACAAUAAUUACUAUUGCUAGGAAAAAAAAUGUAGUAAAUCGACAUGUGGUGAAAUAUUUAAUAACUUUGAGCUUUGAGAGAUCUUAAUGAAAUCACUGCUGGAGAUUAUUUAGUCUAACAUGGUGCGUCUAAACUACUGUGCUACACAAUACUUAAUAUUGCUAGAAAAUAAAAUAAAGCAAACCGUUUUGUGGCGAAAUAUUUAAUAACUUUGAGCAUUCGACGACCUGAUUAAAAUGAGAGAAAGUGGUACAGGUUGUAAAUAUUUCAACCAGGGAACGCUUUAUUAUAGACCUUAUGUUUUUACAACUGUAAGUUGUUUUAGUUAGUAUUACUAUUUUCGUGUUGUGGAAGGCUCUCCUUCAAUGUUUGUUAUGAAAGUUGUUUGUGUAUCGAAAGCGAUAUCGAUAAUGCUACUGGGAAAGAAACUAACGUAAUCACAGAGCUAAUCAGUGCAGCUUAACCAACCAAAAGCUUGCAACCUGCCUGCACGCAGACAGAAAGCGCGGGAAAGAUUCAUCGCGACUGCUUCACAGAAUGUAUCUGAUUGGAUGAAGAGAUUAGUUAGAACACGUGUCAAGUUUUAUUACAAACUCAAAAUUAUACGGGGUUGCGUCACAGAUGGAACAGCUUUAAAUGUUUAGCUGGUAAUUUUCUUUCAAGUUUCUCGUUCGUAAUCCGUCCGAAUCUUGCUCAAUAUUAACCAUCCUUGUUCGGUUUUGGUUUGUUGUGACCUCAUUGGCGUCUUUCUGCCAUAGUGAACUCUUAUUUUGGUGUAUUC